UUAUUAAAAAUAUAAAAAAACUAAUGUUUUCAUUCAGACUCGUACUUUUUGUCUAAUUUCAUUUAUAAUGGUUCGUCUAACAGCCGAAUACAUUGCUCGUUGCAAUGGACAUACAAAGCGAAAACGAGAUGAGCCAACCAACCACUAUCUUAAACGUAUUACACAUCUAUACAUGGCAGAGCGAAAUAUUGAAGCAAUUGAUAAUUUGUCGCAAUGUCGAAAUUUGACCGUGCUUUAUCUGUACGACAACAAACUCAACAAAACAAUGAACUUAGGAACCGCUCUCAAUCUAACUCAUCUCUAUUUACAAAACAACAACAUAAGCAAAAUUGAGGGACUCAGGCAAUUACAGCGACUGACAAAGCUAUACCUUGGAUACAACAGUCUAUCUGUUAUUGAGGGUUUGCAGUCGCUUGAUCAACUCAAAGAACUGAAUGUUGAAUAUCAGAGACUUCCUCCUGGAGAGAAGUUGUUGUUUGAACCACGAACAUUGAUGGCGUUAUCUAAAUGCCUAACUGUGUUAAACAUAUCUGGAAACCACAUCGAUUCCUUAAAUGACCUGCAAUCAUUCACAUUACUCAACCAACUACAAGCAUGUGACAAUGAAAUCACAGACUUUGAAAGUUUAAGACCGGCACUUACAACAUGGAGGUUGUUGGCGAGGUUGGACCUUACUGGGAACACAGUGUGUGGAAGAGCAAAGUACAGAGACAAGAUUAUUGUCAUGUCACCUUCACUAGAGUCCUUGGAUGGGAAGGAUAUUUAUAGAUUGGAGCGACAGUUCUUGAUGAGUUGGAAAGCAUCGAGGGAAGCAAGGACACGACAACGACUUGAAAGUCAAAAGAAUGAAACAGAUGAUAUAGAUCUUCCACCUCUUCAUAACCGAACUUCAGCUCCAACUCCUCCUCCUCACUAUAUGAUGGGAGGACUUCCUGGAGGAAGGAAGAGAUUCGAAGCAAUCCUAGCAAAAUCUCGCAGUUUGCCAAGUUCUGCCAUGGCACCACUAAAAAUGGCAGCUCGCGUCCGCCUAGCACCGCAUACAACCCCUGCUCCACCAGUCAACUCCACAUUGAUCGAGAAUGAAGCUGAGAGACUGGAGAUGCUUGGGCAAAAGAGCAUCAGCGAUCUUGCAGACAGAAGACACUUGGAGCGUCAAAUGACACCUCACCCCAAUGCUACGAGGCAGGGCAGAAGCAAUCGAGGUCCCCUUACUUCACCCACAACGAAUGGUGGAAUUACUGGGGAUUUCCUGGGUAGUGGGGAUCCACAUGAAGCAGAAAACGGGAAAAAUGGUUUAAACCCGAUUCGUGGUGCUUUAAAAAAUGGACACGAGAACAAUAUGAUUCAUAACCAGGGUUUAACAAGGGGGAAUUAUCCAUCUCUGAGACCGGUGAAAAAACCGCACCCUUUCUGCUCCUCAUUUAAUGGUGCGAUUCUCUCAGACAGUCACUUGCCCGCUAAAAACCCAAAUGAUGCAAAAGCGGGAGACUCGAGUGACCAUAAAGUCAAAGAUCAUAUCGAACAAAACGGAAUUAAUCAGCACAAGGAACUAACAUUAGCAGUUAUACCACGGCAAAAUGGAUUUUCCAAUUUACACAGCACCAACAAGUAACCACACAUAUGUUUUGAAAAUAAACCUCUUGCUGCUUACCGUGAGUUUUACUCAAAAUUAACAUUUCGAUUAUAUUUAAAACAUAGUAAAUUAUCUAUUAUUAAAUUUUACCCUUUGGUUCAAAAGUGGCCUUCAACAAAUUGUACAUGGCAGUUAAAGCUGCUUUAUUGCAUUAAAAAUUGCUUAUAUUUCAUAUAUUGUUAUGUAUUGACAUUACUUUCACUUUAUGUUCAUUAUCACCAUUAUAAACCAUCAAUGUAAGAUAAUGUGUUAUUUUAAGCCAUCCCUCUAAACAUACGAACAAUAUACAGACAGUGAUAUGGACGCUCACGUAAGUAACUUGAUAGUAAGGUGAUAGGGAACAAUACAAACAACAAUUUGAUGAUUUAAUACGAUAGCUGGAAUGCUUUGUAGUAUUGUAAUAAUUAUCGCUUAUUAAAGACUUCAUAAAAUUUCUAUUGUUCAUCAUAAAGAUUGGUAUUCAUGAAUAGAAACCUUAAUUACAAUGAGAGUAGCAACACACCGACCUGAACCUCGUAACUGCGGAUUUAAUGCUAAGUACUGUAACACACCAUACAUUUCAACCAGUGGAAAAUGACACUAACUAAAAAUACACUAUGUUAGUAAACUAUAUAAAGAAAAUCUUAGUAGUGUCCUGUUU